UUUUUUUGCUUUCUUGGCCCAGACGUGGACAAGUGUGUGCGAUUUGGUUGGGAGUUAAUGAUACGAACCUGAAAGAGCCGCUGGAAGCCACAGAAGCCGCAGGACAGUGCCACAAAUAUCCAGAAGACGCCGUUGAUCAGAAUGACUUCAGCUUUGGCAAAAAUUGCGGAGUUCCCCGCCAAUCCCGUGGACAUGUUCAAACAAAUCCUUCAGGCCGCCGCCAAAGGACAUCCCGACGGCCUACUGGUGGACAUGAAUCUGGCCACCUUGGACGAGGAAUUCGGUGUCCUCAACCGCACCGUCAUCUAUCGCGGCCUCACCGAGGACAACUUCCCCUUCUACAUCACCCAUCGGUAUACGAGGAAUUUCAAGAAUCUGCAAGCCAAUCCCAAAGCUGGCAUUUGUUUCUAUAUGACCAAUGUCCAGGAUAAUGAAGGCAAGGACCUGGUGACCUGGCAGGUGCGUCUAAUUGGAGCCAAGGCUGUGGAGUUGCCCGACUGUGAGAUGGAUGCCCUCUGGGCCAAGGAGGAGCUGGUGUCCCAGAUCCGAGGACAUAUAUGUCCGUGUGGGGAACCAAUCGACUAUGAUGUGCUGAAGGCCAAGCAUGACAAGUUCCUGGAGGAUCACUUGGCCAGUGGCAAGGAUCUAGAGAGACCCAAAUCUUACACUGCCUUUAAGUUCGUACCCCAAAGAUGGGACUUCUUAAAAGUGGGUCGCGGAGAAAUCGCCGAUCGAGUCCAAUAUCGCCUCCAGGACAAUGGCAAGUGGGAGGCCAUGCAUGUUUCCACUUAAAAAAAAACAUACAAAUCUUUUAAUUUUUAUGCCAAAAAAAUUAAUCACAAAGCCAAAUAUAUAUUUAGGCGAUUUCAUUUUAUUUCAACAAUAUCUUUCUACAAAACAGCUAAACUAAAUUUUUUCUAACAACUAAAAUUUGCUUCCUUUUUCGUCUGUUUUUUUUUUUUUUUU